AAUCAUUUGUGUCAAGUUUUGGUUUGUUGUCAAUGAUCUAAUACUCUGUAGCCAAUAAUUGCAGUCAAUAUCAAAAAGAUUCCUUUCUCGUGAAUUAUUAGAAAAAACAGAUUGAAUUAUAUGUAUGGAGUUUCCGUCCUCAUCAUCUUUAUAUUUUGAAUGUAAGGAACUUCUGUUGGAGCUUAUAACAGUUAUCAAUGAGCUGCGUAGUCAUAUCCGAUUCAAGGAAGAGGAUUCAUCGGAAAGACAGAAUGUUAUCCAAGAAACUAUUCAUUUUGGAUAUUCUUCAGACAAUCUCGUGCACUUACAUCAAUGUAUCACACGUAUUUUCACGCACAGAAUUAAAGUAUUCAAUAAUAAUAACAUUCCCGACGUUUGGAAGGUGAUUGAAGGUCUGAAAUUCUCUAAUCCUGCCAUAUCAUUACGAGUUGCGAAAUGCUUUGCUGGAUCUUCUUAUACGGAUAGAGGUUUGUCGUGGAUAUUCCAAUGUAUACAACAACGAAAUUUGUCACAGAAUCUGAAUUGGCUAAUAAACGAUAAAGAGCACAUGAACCAAUGCUACGAAAGUGGCGCAUUCCUUCGAGAUGAAAAAUACUCCGACGCUAUGAUGGUUUGUUUCAAUGCAUUGGAAAGAGGUCAACUAGCAUUGUUGUCUCAAAUUGAUCCGGAACUUUACGCUAAAAAUCUACUCAUUAGGACAAUUAAACGUUCAGAGUCGCACCCAAAUCUUUUACUAGUUAUGAAUAAUUUUAGUAUAUUUCAAGAGAAGGGUGCCAUAAAGAGGCGGCAAACUAUACAUCUAGCUAGGUCCGAAUGCAUGAAUAAAGCCUUGAAAAGAACAAAAAUAUCUCGAAGCUUACCGAAUAUAGCAAUAAAGGACACUUAUCAGGCACUCAAGAAGAAACCACCGGAUUUCGCUGAGAAUAUAUUACCCAUUAACCCUCCCGGGCAAAAUGUGCCAAACUUUGAAUAUAGUGAUAAAAGUGUGCCAAAACCAACUCUCAGUAUUCUUAAUUGCGAAAAUAUCAAAAUCUAUACGGAAUCAUCUAGUAGUAGUCCACAAUCGCAAGGUUGUUGGAAAAAAAUGCGGUCUGAAAAACAGAUUGAUCCUAGCACUCGAACAGAUUUGUUCAGUUUGGCAUCAUUAGGCAGUCCUCGAGUGCUGUUGAGCGAAUUCAUUCCACAAUGUGGUGAGAAAAUUAAAUCUGUCGAUAGCGUAGCAAUUGGAAGCGUAUUGAAUGAUCUACCAUCACGCCCUGUACCAGGACAAAGUUUGACGUCUUUUCUUAAAACAGUUUAUUUCUCGCGCACUAAUACAGAGCUGGAUCGCGAAAACGCUCAUUUUAGUUUAUCGGAAGCGUUGAUUGCGACUUUCGAGCAACUAAAAUGGAACGAGGAAGAAUCGUCCAAUGGAAGGCGACAGCUAAGAAAACGCUCUUCGUCGUCCAAUUUUUGGUCCUCGUAUCCCGGAUCGCCUCAAUUUCCUUCCACUUGUCACAAAACUAGUUACGAACUUCAGGAUAGCAUAAGUCCUUCAACGGCCUCCAAAGAAAGUUCAUCGACUGUUGUAUCAUCACUUUCCGAUAGUGGCAGUAGCGGAUCGUGCAAUUCUACUUCGCUUCUGAGUAAAGCGUUCGUUGGUCGUCAGCUGUCCGAUGAAGGACUAGAGGCAAUAGAAGCGAACGAAUGCGACCAGGUUAAGUCCUAUUCGGCAGAAGGUGUAGCACUUAGUUUGCUAUCCAAAUUCAGUGAAAAACAGCUUCCUUCUGCAUGUGAUCUGUUAUGGCUUGUGUCGGAACAGGACGCCCCGCAACAAAUAUUACCUAUUCCUCCAGACGGACAAAUAGUAAACCCUGACGAACAAGGUGGACUGAAUACCAUUAUUCGUGGGACGAGAGAGUGGGCUCCACCGAGACCACAAAUUAUUUUUACGUACAUCAGCCCGUUACCAGAUUUUUGUUUUCCUAUGUUGAUUAUUCGGAAUGUUAUGCGUCGAAGAGCACAAAUGACAAAACAAAAUUUUCGCUGUGCUGGAUGCGGGAUGAAGGUUGCACCGGCAUACUCCAGUCGUUUUCGAUACUGCCACUACUUAGGAAAAUACAACUGCUCUGGAUGUCAUAAAAAUCAUAUGUCUGCAAUUCCAGCGAAAAUAAUCGAACGAUGGGAUUUCACAUUUCAUCCCGUCAGUAGCUUCGCAUACCAUCUGCUAAAUGAUAUCGCGACAUGUCCGCUGUAUCGAAUUAAUCACCUUAAUCCUAAGUUGUACGAAAAAGUUCGUAUUCUGCAAGUUGCACGAAGUAUAAGAAAAAGCCUUAAAUACAUACGGGAUUUUAUAGUCAAUUGUCGUUUUUCCGAAGACGUGAAGCUGCUUUUUCAGACCAUUCCUGAUCAUUUGACAACCGACCUCGAUAGUUGGGCCAUGACAGAUUUUAUUUCCGUUAGAAACGGUUCAUUUCAAAAGGACAAAAUGGAUUUUAUUAGACGUUGCGAGAAACACAUUUUCGAAUGUGAGCUAUGCGUGGCUCAUGGAUUUUUUUGCGAAAACUGUGAUCGUAAGGAAGUAAUAUUUCCGUGGCAAAAACGAAUAGUAAAAUGUGGUAGGUGUGGGGCUUGCUUCCACGAAACGUGCUGGCUACCAGAUUGUGUUAAGUGCAAUCGUUUACUACGGCGUCGACUGUCUAGAAAAUAGGUUCGUUGAAUGGUAUUGUCGUUAUAAUAUACCAUUGUAGGUACAAAAAAUGUUAAUAAAAUAAAUUCGCAAAAUCUCA